CCACAUAGUUCGACUCACUUGGAGAAGCGCUCAGCAAUGGCAUUGCUUCUUCCUUUGCCGCCCACCAGUGACAGCUCUUUGGCAGUGACGCGUAAAGACUGUGUCGCCCAGGCGCGUCGGUUGAAAGGGCCGCUUUCCAUCUCAGUCAGUGUCGUGGAUUCCUGGUGCACAAGCACAGAAAAGGCUUCAAUAUCAUUAGUCAAAAACAGAAGACAGACUGAGAAGAUUCAGGCAAAAGAAGAGAACAAAGAACAACGAACUUUCAAUUGAAUCAGGACUUUAUGGCAUUUCAGAUUACAAAAUUUAGAUAGUAAAAUCAUGUUGAAACCAAAAGCAAGUCUGAUUUUGUCCCGUCACCGGACCAUAGGGGUUUUAUGUAGAGCCAUAUGUAAUUGCGCAACAAAACAUUGGUUGAAAAUGAUGAACAAAAGAGGAGAAAACUUCAGGGCGUGGCUCUCCGCGUGAGGCUUUAUGACUUCAUCUGAAAUGUUGACUAAGUGAUUGCAGCCUUCCUCCAAGAUUAACACUUGUGAUAGUUGUGAAACAUGACGUGUAACCCUGUCAUGACCCUACAUGACCCAGUUGCAACACUCAAGCCCGUCAUCACAGCAUCCUCACUCCUUCUCACUGAAUCUCUCUCUGAUCUGUACAUAGUAGAUUGUUUCAAGAGCUCUUACAUUUAGAAAUCCAACAUCAACAGGGCUGUGUAUUGGCAGGUGUCCUGCGAAAUGAUACGUAUCCCAAUACAGGAGUGGUGACUCGAUACAUUGUGAUACAUUGCCAUAUUGUUGGUUCAGCAACUCUGAUAAUGCAGUACAAUAUUAAGUGCAUGAAAACAGGUUUAUUCUUAUGAACUCAGUUUAGUUAGACCAAAAAUCCAGCAGUAAAUGAACAGCUCCCUUAAUCAACAGCAUAAUUCCAGUGUCCAAAAAGAAAACGUUAUUAGUACUAAACACGUCACAAAUGUAGCAGCAUAUCUAAGUAUCUAAAUCAAUAUAGCUGACUUCAAAUAUUAAGACAAUGUCACAGAAUCAAGUGUUGUGACAUUUGAUUAUAUCGACAUUUCCUUACACAUCAAGAUCACUUCAGUUUUUGUUUCAGAUACUCAUUGUUUCUGAGGAAAUUAGAGUUGUUAUUCCCAUCAAGCAGUUUUUGAAGUUUACUUUGAGCUGUGUGAUUAUGAGCAAAUCUGAUAUCAGCCGAUAUUUGUUAAUGUGUAACAGAAACACGACCCAUAAACAGGUGAAAUGGCUCAGAGCAUCAUUUCCUGUCCAGGUUUGUAGAAAUUCAUCAACAUGAAGAGUCGCAGUGAGACUACAUUCAUAAAUAUGUAGCUGUUCACCUUCAAAUAAGCUGCUGGCAAAGAGUUCCCAACAUUCCCAGGAAAAGAUGAGUGACCUUGGGCUGCACAUACCUGUGCACUUGUGCAUGAAAACAUACACAAGAACAGAAACUGUAAUUUACAAACCAAAGCCUGUAUUCCAACAGGUCCGAGCUUGAACUGUGAUAUUACUACACCACAGAAACACUAAGUCGCGUUAAACAACAACAGAUAAUGAGACAAACUGCCAAAGACAAAAAUACCUAUCUGUCCACUGUAUUCAAACAUUUUACUUAUCAGAAGCUCAUCAGCCAGGAAAUGUACUGUAGUGUUUUUAUUUGAUAAAAUAACGAUGAUGACAUAGAAUGUUCAUGAAUUAUCAGCCGGUAUUACAGGACGCCAUGGUGAGCUUCUGCUUGACUGCGGCAUUAGCAUGAUUCCUUUAAUUGUCUUAAGCCUUGAAGCACUUCUAAAGCUCGACUUGUUUAAAAUCUCUGGAUUAUGGACCACAUUUACUCUCUUAUUGUCUAAUCUGGACAGAUUUGUAAAGUAGUACAAGACUACUAAACAUAAUAAUUUGCUGCAAACUAUAUCACAUCCGAGUAAAUUGCCUGACUUAGAUAUAGAUUAUAAAGCAAGAUGUGAGUUUUGGUUACAAAAUGUCCCAACAAGCAGCAGUGAGAUCACACUGCUGGCAUGGCUUGUUUAGUAAAAGCUACUAAAGAACCUACACGUGUUGCGUUGACCUAAAGCCAAACCACCAUGACUUUUUUAACUAUUCAUGAAAAACAAAACAUAAUUUUUUGAUAGUUGUAUAUAUCAAAACUUAAUAGAUAUGUAUUUGCUACUGCAUUUGUGGCAUGUUUAAUACUACCUUUUCUUUGUUUCUGGAUACACACUGGCAAAUUUAACAUUGAGAAAUUAAUAUUUCAUUGCUUCAGCGUGACAUUUUUGAUGAAUCUGCAGCUGAUUAUGUGUCAUCAAAACUCAUGUUCUCUGACUUGUUCUGUGAUGUGUCACAUGAUGCACCUCCAAGCAUCACAGUGAGGUCACAAAGUGGAGGAGCCGAAAUGCUGAAUAGUGGGUGGAGUACAGUUUUCAGGUGAGUCCAAAAUAAAGCCCAAAAUAAUUUGGCUUAUACAGUCGCUGCUAGAAACUAUGACAUGCUAAGAAAAAAAUAGGUAACAAAUCUUAGCACCUUUCUGGCAGAAAGACACAAGGUGCGUUAAAUAGACUCAGAAUUAAAAUCAACAUGAAGGAUGUGACAUUCAGUAAAAAAAAGCACAAAAAAUAGAUCAAAACCAGGGAAAUACUCAGAGAAACAAAUGAGAAUAAAAUGUUGCGUGCCAGUACAGCUGAGAAAGUAAUAUUCCCAUCUAUAAAUUCACUAUGACAUCACAAAAACGCCUGUAAAAUGUGUUUUUACAAGAGAUUUAAAAGAAGUAUGUUGAUCUCCUAAAGUAAGAAACCACAGCCAAAAAAAUUAACAGUACGCAUAUGUCAAGAUCCAAUGCAGAAAGUGUCAGAAUUCUUAUCAAAACAGAGAAACAUCGAGCCUAAAUAAAUACUACUUCUCCUGGUCCUUAUCUUAUUCGGGCUUGUGAAGCAGCUAGAUUAUUUCAGGCAUCAUUGACAUACAGUAUUAAAAACCAUGUGUGGUAUUAACUUGCACUAAGGACAUUUUCACAGGAGAGUGUACUCUUAUAUAAUCUAUUAGAUGCAAAGUGAUUUUGCAGAUGACCGAUCGUGGACUUUGAACUGUAGCAAAAGAACAUUUUACUUAAAACACAGCACAGUUCAGAUACAGCUCUCACCUCAAAUGAGUACAGAAUUCAAUACAUUUAUUUUUAUUCUCAGUAUCUUCAUCUUCAGAGUGUUGAUAUUGCUGAGAAACACAAUGCCCUUUCGUUAUCUUCACGCGCGACACUGUUGAAACUUCAUUGUGAUGUAGAUUUAGAUACCUUCAGGUGAACUGGUUUACACUGACUAUUGAUCUGCUGUAAUGUGUAAACAACUGAAAGUGCAUCAGGUUGGACCACAAAAACACUCAAGACAGUAAUCAUGACUCAGAUCUGGAUAAGAAUAACCACUUGUUUCACCGGGAUUUAAAGCAUGGUUCCUCGACAAUAUUCUUGACAUAAUAACAACAUGACAAAUAAAUGCUUAGCUUUUUUUAAACAAGGUGUAUAUUCAAUAUGCAUUCCAUGCUUAAUAUUUUGGCCACAUUUUCUUAAAAGACCUGGAGUGUGAGACGGAAACGCAGUGACAGAAAACAUUUCACUGGGAGAGUAAUAUAAGAUCAUGUAAUCUUAUCUCACAUUAUCAGUUUCAUUCAACUCUUUCAGGCUCAUCAACCCCACGCCUUUCGACAAGUCAUUUUAUGUUUCCUAUAUUAUCCGGUUCAAUCCCGAAGACAACGUAAACAUCAAUAUACUAAUAAUAGUGUUGGAUUAUAUUAUAUAUUUCACGUGGAAGUUGCUUCAACCGAUAAGAUCAAAUAAAACCUGUCACUUUUUAAUCAUAAAGACAGACAGCCUAGUAACCUUUAACCCCCACUGACAGUUCCCGGAUGGCUGACAAAGUCUACCGUGAGAAGAGGUCACAAACAUGAAAUUCUCACAGAUAUUUUUCCUCAACUUUAUAUCAACACUACUCAAAUCGACGACGGAGCACCUAAAAAGUGAAACCAGGCGAACGAGCCAUGACUUCAGUUGACGAAUGUCUCAAAACUUUAGCUGACAUAACGUGCCCGAGGAACUAUUUCUGGGAUAGUUUUGUAUGUUAUACACACGGAGUUAGAAUAUCUGAGCAUGCGCACAUCCCGACCGUAUAAACCACUGUAACAUGGUUAAAAGCAGCAUUCCCUGCGCUCUACUUCUAAAUAAGUCACUUUUGACUUUGGCAGUGAGUUCCAGAGAUGACUUUAGACGCCUAAUUAGCGUUUUCCGAGUCGUGUCUUACCUGCGCGUACUUCCGUGGGACCUCUUCUCAGGUAAACCAGAAGACACCUGACACUUGCCGCCAGUCAGUCGCCGCCCGGUGUCCCUUGAAGGAGGCGGGGCUUGCCGAGAGCCCGCAGGUUAUUGGCUGAGCGUGAUCACAUGGUCCCUCGUCAGCAGUUACACACUAACCCUAAGUGAUACUGUGCCAUCCUCCGACGCUCCUUAGUGCUUUGUGUGUUCUCUGUCGCUUAUUCUGCAGAGAAGAGUUCAGCUCCGAGUGUUUUUGGUCAAUUUGAUAUGAUUUAAAGAAAAUUGGAAGUUUUUAGAACUGGAUUGGGAUUGGCAACGAAACACACCAAUAACUAUUGUUGGAAAAUAUAUUAUUAUCGCUCCCAUAACUAAAAUAGCACAUAAACCACCACUAUUGAGUAUGAUUAUUGAUCACUUGUUACAUAUUACAAAUAUUCAGCUUUUUUUCAACUGUUAAACAAGCUAGAAAAAAAGUAUUAUUUACGAUUCAGGGUUCAAUGAUUUUCUAAAUAUCACAACAUAAAUUAAUACACAAUAAGACACAAUAAUAAGACACAAAUAUAUAAUAUUUUAACAAAUAUAUAGAUUAGACAAAUAUGGACAAGGACAUUUUAACAAUUCUGUGCAUAAAAUAAACAUCUCCAACUGUCCAAUUUUUGCAGAUAAAUUACCCUGUUAACUUAAAAAAAUAAAUCCGCAAUGUAAUGAUAAGCAUACAGUACAUUAUUUGUUUUCUUGUAGGUGACAAUAAUAAGACAGAACUGGAUGAUCCAUCCUUAACAGUGUAACUGAAUGAAUAAGUAUGCUGGAUCCACUGCAAUAAUUGUCCCAUAAAAUAUUCUUUGGACAAUAGCGACACAGUUCAUUCUUAAUUAUUAUUUUGAGUACUAGAUCGCAAACGAGUACUUCAUUUUUUGGUGUUCAUCUUAUAAAUAUUGGCGAUAAUUAAUACCAAUACAAUCAACUAUUACUGUAUUGUUGUGUAACAACAACAAUAGCAAUCCCAGUAAUUCAGCCAAUCAGAUACAGAUGCAGCCCCCAUAGCAACCGCCAGAGCUAAUGCUGAGCGCCCACUCCUUUUUCAUCGUCGUUCCUUCGCACGUCGAGUGAUCUACAUCGGCACCUUGGCCAUCUUCUCCCCAUAAAUAUGUUUUCGUAGACGCCUGAUAUGCUUUGGGGCAUGUUGUUCGCCGGCCAACGCUCAGUGGAACCAGGAGCAAGUGGCAGAAGAUGAGCGUUGUCUCUCCGCUUGAGGAGGCUGUACGGCUGCUGUGUGGGGGAGUGUAGAAUAUCCUGUGGCGUUUCCUGUGUUUGUAAACUGCAUGGUUUACCAAACGUUGGACCACUGAAGGAACACGUUUUAAUACUAGAUGAGUGAGGUGGGUGUGGCUUCCCACCAUCCUGACCAUCCUGACUGACGGAUCUCUGGAUGACCUUGUCCCUACCCCUCUCCCUGAGCUCACACACACGGUUACCACAGCCAUGUCACAUCUGCCCAGCAGCUCAGUCCGCGACCAUAUGAAAUGGGCGGGUCUGCUUGGUUGCGAGGCUGUCCUCUCCAGCAUGGCUUUAAUGCAGGCUAGCACCAUGGCCGCACCUCCCAAAAAAAUGAUGGCUCCACUUGGCCAUGGCCCGCCACAGAGAGAGGGGCCUGACCGACCUCCGCAAGGGCAUAUGAUCCUCCCAUCUGGAAUGAGCUGUCCACCACUGCUAAUUCGAAAGGAAGGCGAUUUCCAGGCUCCACGCUUGCUGGAUGAGAAGGAGAUGAGGGCCAAUGAGGACAUGCAGCAGAAAAAAAAGAACAGGAAAACAGUGACGCCCUGUAAAGGGACAGGCGGGGAUGAAAACGGACCUUCAUCGAAAGUGCAGAAAAACUUCAUUUGUGAUCAUUGUUACGGGGCAUUUAGGAGUGGAUACCACCUUAAGAGACACAUCCUCAUUCAUACAGGGGAGAAGCCGUAUGCUUGUGCCGUUUGUGACAUGAGGUUUAUUCAGCGUUACCACCUGGAGAGACACAGCCUCAUUCACACGGGGGUGAAGCCGUUCGCUUGUUCCAUGUGUGACAUGAGAUUUUUCCAGCGUUACCAUCUGGAGAGACACAGACUCACUCAUACGGGGGUGAAGCCGUACGCUUGCUCCAUGUGUGACAUGAGGUUCUUCCAACGUUACCAUCUGGCAAGGCACAAUCUCACUCAUACUGGGGUGAAGCCAUACGCUUGCUCCAUUUGUGACAUGAGGUUUUUCCAACGGUACCACUUGGCAAGACACAGCCUCACUCACACGGGGGUGAAGCCAUAUGCUUGCUCCAUGUGUGACAUGAGGUUUUUCCAACGAUACCACCUGGCGAGACACACACUGACACAUACGGGGGUGAAGCCGUACGCUUGCUCCAUGUGUGACAUGAGGUUCUUCCAGCGUUACCAUUUGGCGAGACACAGCCUCACGCAUACUGGGGUGAAGCCAUAUGCUUGCACAAUGUGUGAUAUGAGAUUCAUACAGCGCUACCAACUGGAACGACACAGCCUUACUCAUACAGGGGUGAAGCCGUACGCUUGCACCAUGUGUGACAAGAGGUUUUUUCAGCGCUACCACCUGGCGAGACACAACCUCACUCAUAUGGGUGUGAAACCUUAUGCUUGCAACAUGUGUGACAUGAAGUUUUUUCAACGUUACCACCUGGCGAGACACAGCCUCACUCAUACUGGUGUGAAACCUUAUGCUUGCACCAUGUGUGACAAGAGGUUUUUUCAGCGCUACCACCUGGCGAGACACAGCCUCACUCACAUGGGUGUGAAACCGUUUGCUUGCAACAUGUGCGACAUGAGGUUUGUUCAGCGCUACCACCUGGCCAGACACAGCCUCACGCAUACGGGGGUGAAGCCGUAUGCUUGUUCCAUGUGUGACAUGAGGUUUAUUCAGCGUAACCACCUGGAGAGACACAGCCUCACUCAUACGGGAGAGAAGCCAUUUGCUUGUGACAUGUGUGACAUGAGGUUCAUCCAGCGCUACCACCUUGAGAGACACAAACGUGUCCAUAGUGGGGAGAAGCCGUACCAAUGUGAACGCUGCCAGCAGAACUUCUCGCGGACAGACCGGCUACUGCGGCAUCGGCGAUUGUGUCAGGGCCGCAGCGUGGCAAAGGUGGAGAACCAGCCGUGCUGCGAACCACGGCCCUACCAACAAGAGCCCCCACCCGCGCCCCCCACCUGGAGUCCUAUGCACCCUGCUCCAGGUCGGCUGGCCGUCUGACAUUCCCUCCCGUCCUCCACGCAAGCAGAGACGGGACAAGCAACUGGUUCUUCUCAGCUCCAUGUGGAGUGGCGCCACACUCCAGCACAGUCGGAUCUCUGCUCUUUGGAUCGUAAAUGACUGAGGGCGGUUUUUCUUUUAACGUUCAGAUGUUUCUUUUGUGUGCCCUCACAUAUUUUUUAUAAGAAGACAUUUCAGUGAUGUCCUUUUUUGUACUUUGUUUAUUUUUCUGGGGUGGGGGAUCAGUCAUUUUUUACUGUUAGAAUAUAUCUAAGUUUAGUGGUACUUGGGUAGGUCCAGCGAUGGGACCUGUCCAACCUUGCAGCAAAAAAAACGAAAAACAAAAAAAAGAUGCAAACGUGAGAAACCUUUUUUGUAUUCUUACUUAAUUGGCAUAUUUUGUCACUAAAUAGUUGCCACUUAGGUCUACGUUGAACUGAAAUCUCAACUAUGGUCGUUUGUCCAAACCAGAUCUUGUUGGCCUUCAUAGGUGUCUGUGAAGCACUGUAUGCUGUCACAUGUUGAGACUUUCUUCUUGGCCAACGGUCUGGUCCUGGAGCAGGGUGUGUCUCUGAGCUGCUGUUCGGAAGAAUCUGUAAAUAACAAGGUCUUAACUGGCACAGUGGACGAGCCAACAAAAGGGUUUGUCUGCGAUGCAGAACUCUGAAAAAGGACGAUAGCCAAAGUCCCGGACUUCCAAGGAACGGACGGUGCUGGCGAUGGGACUGGCUCCGCCCGCUCGCUUGAACAAGACACUGGUUUGAUUCUCUCUCCCAUGUUCUCUCAUGUCGCUUGUACAGAUUUCUCACGUUGUGAUUUCAGUGAGGAGUGAAACAAAAUCUUGUGACCUUAAACGUGCUUCUUUUGCCUCUUGCCUUUUAUCUCAACUGUUUAUUAUUGUGGAUCAGACAUACUUCCCUGGAGAACAUUUUCUAUUGCUUUUGUCUCCUGCCAAGCCGUCACCAUUACGGAAUGCUGACGGCCGCCGCCGCGACACUCGAACUGAAUCUCCCAUCUGGAGAGCCUUUUUGGUGAAUUUUUUUUUUUUUUUUUUUGGUUGUUGUUACUGAUUAAAUUUUAACACAUUAUAGAUAUAUAUGAUAUAUAGAUAGAUAUAUAUGAGGAGCCCUCAGAGUCCUUGUGAGAGGUCAGUCGUGCUGAAAUGUUCCCACUGCAGUGCUUGAGCCGAUCACAGGCCACAGCAGAAUCCACACUCUGCUGCUCACUAACAAUUGCCUUCUUAAUGCCGAUCUUUUGUGGUUGUAUAAUGGAUGUCUGUCAUGUCAAUGGGUCUAGCCUUAAAUGCAGAUACACAAAUAAUUGUGGAAGAUAAUGCUGUAAUGAAUGGUCUGUUUUAACUAUGAUGAUCAAACAGUAGACAAAGUCUUGGACUGUCUGGAAGCGAAACGCAGCUGGAACCAUUUCUGAUCUUGAGCAAAAACAUGCUUGUUCUGAAAAUGUGUGGUGACGAUGCACCAAUUGGAGCCUUAGACUGAAUGUGGAGGUGUUUUUUUUUCCCUUGUGUGAUUAUUCAAAAUGUUCAAUAUUAUUUUUAAUUGACAUUUUCUACCAAUGGUACCAGCCGUACUAUCCUAAUGUUCAGAUAAGACAGGAGUCAAUGACGUGUUCUGGUAACUGCAGAAGAAACAAGCACCGUUGAGUUAAGGGCGACAGUAUAUACUGAAUAUCACGUGUCUAUAACGUUGUUUUACAAUUCUCAGUCUUUGUUUAAAUGCAAUAGAAUCUUGUCGAUAAGAUUGAGGUGCGAUGGGUCAAAUUGGUGAGUCUGAGACUUAACCAUUACAUUUUUGAUUGAUCCUUGGAUAUAUUUUCUGAUACAAUUGUAAACACUGGAGUGAAAGGAAAAAAAAAAUACUUCGGACUGUACCACGUUAAAGAUAAAGCCUGAUCAUUUCUCCUGCAGGACCAUUUGGAUCAGGACCGCCCCAGUAAAUGUGCUCGAUUUGGACACGGGAGCCACAAGAGAAUACUGUCCUGUUCUCGUACAACGUCCCUGGUUUUGUAAUAACUUCUAUGGCCAAUUGUACUAGACGAGCAACAGCGUAUCAGUAGCUGUCACAGACUACUUCUAUUCUUUUCUUUCCUUUUUUUUUUUUUUUUUUCUUAGUCUUGCAUGCAGAGUUCCGGUCCUUGGUUAAAAAGGGAUCUUGAUUUUGUGUAGGAAAACGAGAAGAGUAAUUUCCUAAUUUAAACGCAAAAGUGACAACAUUGUGAAAUGGGCGAAUUAAAGUGUACCCUUGUGAUCCAAAUAGUUUCAACUGUAAGAACAACAGGAGAGGCUUCUUACUAUCAUGCUAAAAUAAAAGACUUUGU